AUGGCAACCUCUUUUGCCGGCCUGAGUGCCAAACAGAAAGCACAUACUGCAGAAAUGGAGAAUCAAGCGACAAAAGCAUUCCCAUCAAUGAAAGAUCUCGCCGAUGCACUGGUGGGAGGAAGUGGAUGGCUUGAGAAUCCAGACGCAGCGGAUCGCAAGCGCGUAGAAAAACAUCUCGAGAGGAAGCGAACCUCGAUUACGAAGAUGAGGAUGAAGGGGACGACGGCGAUGGCGACUCGACAGAAGACUCCGACGGCGAAUUUAAUCUGGACCUCGACUCCGAAAAGUGACUUUUCGGAGAGCGACUCUGACCCUGGUGUUUGCCAGAACGCAGUCGUUAGGUGGCUGGGUGCUUUACAUAUUGGCAUUGCAAAGUAUUACGCCAACACCAUCAAGAUAAUUAGCCAAACAUCGCCUCAAACCACUCGACAGAAUUCCUGGUCUCAGCCCUGA